GCAGAAAAUUUAAGUUGUCGGCCGUGCACAUUUCCAUUCACAGUUCACGGCAAGCAGUCCAUCAGAGAUCAUGUUCUGUUUCAAAGUGUUUGUGCUGUUAUUCGCCGCUUUUACUUCGCUAAAUCAAGCGCACGGCAGAUUUGUAUUCUCCUGUAAAUAUCCACCUUCACAGUGGUGCGACUCUGAGGAGAUUGCGGCAGAGUGUGGGGUGCUGAAGCAAUGCAUGAAAUUCAAUGUGACAAAGCCCAACGCUGAUCUGGUGAAUGUGAGCCUGUACUAUGAAUCAUUGUGCCCUGGAUGCAGACAAUUUCUAGUAACACAGCUCGUACCAACUUUCAUUAUGUUGCAAGACAUCAUGAACAUUGAGCUGGUUCCCUAUGGAAAUGCACAGGAGAAACAAGAUCAGGGCAAGUACAUCUUCAUCUGUCAGCAUGGAGAAGAUGAAUGUCUGGGUAACAUGAUUGAGACCUGUCUGCUUAAUAAAUUAGGCCAGGGUGCUAUUCCAGUCAUUUUCUGCAUGGAGUCGGGAACAGAUGUGCUGAAAGCAGCCCAACCUUGUCUUGGAAUCUAUAACCCUAAAAUAACAUGGGCCUCAAUCAUGGAGUGUGUGAACGGAGAUCUGGGCAACAAGUUAAUGCAUGGAAAUGCAAUGAAAACAGAUGCACUGAAACCCCCCCAUCAGUAUGUGCCUUGGAUAACCAUUAACGGAGAACACUCUGAUGAUCUUCAGCAGAAAGCGAUGAGUUCUCUCUUCAGUCUUGUGUGCAGCAUGUAUAAGGGUGAAAAAACGGAGGCUUGUACUCUUGGGCUGAAAAGUAAAACCAGCAGUUACUGCCUGAACUAAAUCAGUCAUUUAAUCUGAUAUAUCACUACUCGUGUCAGGAAUUGAAUGAAUGUAUGAAACACAUUUGAUGUGAAACAUUCUGAAAUGUACCAUUGUUGUUUAUUAUAUUAUUAUUUUUCUUUUGUUGGCAAUAUGAAUGUCCAAUUUGGAACAAGUUUGGUAGAAUACAGUCAGACAGACAUGAUAAUACAAAUACGUAUACUGUAUAUAGUUCAAAUAUUUGUAACUAUAUUUUAUACCUUUUUGUUUUAUAGACAAAAUUAAACCAAAUUAAAGCAAAUUUGUAUGUUUUAAUUA